AUGGCUAGCGUGCGCGCUCGCCGUCCGCCCUCCCCACCGCCCUUACCAGGCUACACCCCGCAACCGCGCUUCCCUCCAAAAUCCGAACACUACCUCGACGCCGACGCCCGGCGCGACGCCGCGCGCACCGGCCUCGCGCCCUCGCGCCUCCGCCCACGUGCAUACCCGGGCGGCCUGGCCAUAACGCCGGGCGAAUGGAAGCUCAUGGUCGUCGUGCUCCUCCUCGCAGCCUUCGUCAGGCUGUUCAGGAUAAGCCAGCCGAAUUCGGUGGUGUUUGAUGAGGUCCAUUUCGGGAAGUUCGCGGCGAGGUAUAUCAAGACGCGGUAUUUUGUCGAUGUGCAUCCGCCGCUGGCGAAGCUGUUGAUCACCCUCGCCGCGUGGGUGUUUGGGUUUGAGGGGAAUUUCGAUUUUGGGGAUAUUGCUGUGAACUAUGAGAAUACGCCGUAUGUGGCGAUGCGCCUCCUACCUGCCAUGCUGGGCGUGAGCACGGUCCCACUGGCCUACUUCACCCUGCGCAUGCUCGACUGCCGCGCCACGACCGCCCUGCUCGCCUCCCUCCUCCUCAUAUUCGAAAACGCGCUCAUCACCCAAAGCCGACACAUCCUCCUCGACUCCCCCCUCGUCUUCUUCACGGCCCUCACCAUCUUCUUCUGGGUCGGCUUCUGCAACGAGCAGCGCUAUCGGCCGUUUACGACCGGGUGGUGGACGUGGCUCACGCUCACGGGCCUCAGCCUCGGCGCGGUCGUCAGCUGUAAAUGGGUCGGCCUGUUCACGAUCGCCACGGUCGGGUUCGGGACUAUACUCCAGCUGUGGACGUUGCUCGGCGACACGCGCGUCAGCGCUAGGUUAUGGACCAAGCACUUCGCCGCGCGCGCGAUAUGCCUCAUCGCGGUGCCCACGCUCUUCUACAUGUUCAUGUUCCAGAUCCACUUCCUCAUCCUCGAGAACUCGGGCGAGGGCGACGGGUUCAUGAGCGCCGAGUUCCAGCAUACGCUCGGCGGGCACUCGAUGGCGGAUACGUACGCGGACGUCGCUGUGGGGAGCACGAUCACGAUACGGCAUGUGAACACGCAGGGCGGGUAUUUGCAUAGCCAUCCGCAUAAUUAUCCGGGGGGCAGCAAGCAGCAGCAGAUUACGCUGUAUCCGCAUAUUGAUGAGAAUAAUGAGUGGAGGAUCGUUAAUGCGAGUGCGCCGGGCGAUCCGUAUGAAAAUUGGAGGGAGCUGGAGGGGUUGCAGUGGAUUAGGGAUGGCACGCGCGUCAAGUUGAGGCAUGUUAUCACGGACAAGUCGCUUCACAGCCACGACUUCCGUCCGCCCGUCAGCGAAGUCGACUUCCAAAACGAGGUCUCAGCAUACGGCCUCCCCGGCUUCGAAGGCGACAUGAACGACGACUGGAUAGUCGAGAUCGACCACGGCGACUCGAGCGACUGGGAAUCGGGCAAGGGCGGGCGCGUCAAGACCCUCCGCACGGUGUUCAAGCUCAAACACCCGCUGACUGGAUGCUAUCUGUUCUCGCAUGUGGUGAAGCUGCCGCAGUGGGGGUUCGAUCAGCAGGAGGUCACGUGCAAUAAGAAUGCUGUGAGGAAGAAUAGUCUGUGGAUGGUCGAGACUUCUACGCAUCCGAACCUGCCGAAGAACGCGGCGAAGGUCAACUACCGCAAGCCGGGCUUCUUGUCCAAGUUCCUCGAGCUCAACGCCGUCAUGUGGAAUACGAACGCGGGCCUCACCGAGCGCCACAACUGGGACUCCCGCCCGAGCUCGUGGCCGCGUCUUCUCCGGGGCAUCAACUUCUGGGUGAAAGACCACAAGCAGAUCUACCUCAUCGGCAACCCCUUCAUCUGGUGGCUCAGCACAGCAAGCGUACUCUCGUACGCCGCCGUGCGCGGAUUUCUCAUUCUGCGCGCUAAGCGCGGGUACCGCGACUUUGAGAACAGCAAAGUCCUAAAAUACGACGCCCUCUGCGGCUUCCUCUUCGCCGGCUGGGCGCUGCACUACUUCCCCUUCUUCCUCAUGUCGCGCCAGCUCUUCCUGCACCACUACCUGCCCGCGCUCUACUUCUCCAUCCUGCUCCUCUGCUCCGUGUUCGACCUCCUCACCUCGCUACUGAAGCCGCAGUUCAGGCUGGGCGUCGCGGCGGUCAUCGUGCUCGUCGCGGUGUGGAAUUAUUCUAUUUUUAGGCCGCUGGCGUAUGGGCUGCCGUGGACGAAGGGGCAGUGUAGGAAUGCGAUGUGGCUGAGGAGCUGGGAUUUCGACUGUAAUGCGUUCUUUGAUGAUAUCGCAUCCUACGACGCCCUCGCAGCAAUAGGCGCAACCCCCAAAGCCGCCGCGCCCCUCGCAACAAUCGGCGGCGGCGCCGACGGCCGCGGCCCGGUCGUAGUCGAAGACCCGUACGCGCCGAUCCUGGACGAGGCGCCCCCGCCCGAGGAAACGCAGGUCGACGCGCACCAGGCGCAGCCUGGCCGCGAUGCGUUCGCCGCGCCGGAGAAGGCGCCGCCGAUGCCGGCGGGUGGUGUUGUGCAGGGACAGGAUAAGGAGGAGGAGGAGGAGAAGGUCGUGGUGCCUGUUGAUGUUGCUGGUGCGCCGGAGGAGGCGUUGAAGGAGAAGGUGCUGUUUGAUGAUGCGCAGGCGAAGGUUGAGGAGAAGGACGUGCCGAUACCAAAGGCGCAGGAGGAAGAGUGGGAGAAGAAAGUCGACGAGGGGAUCGCGCAUGGGAUUGCGCAGCAUGAGCUCGUGGAGGGGAUAACGCCCGCGGAGGAGGCGCAGGCGAAGGCGGAGGAGGCGAAGGCGAAGGUUGAUGAUAAGCCUGUUGAGCCGCCGAAGAAGCCCGCGGCGGGACCGAAGGAUGAGGAGGAGUUGCAUGCGGAUGAGGUGCGGGAGGAGCUUUUCCCGGGCGAGGCGAAGGCGUAG